AUGAGUGAAGAAGAAGCAGGUGUUGCUAAGGCUCUUAAGGCUUACUCUGAGCCGAAAAUUAAUGACAUUCAGUCGAGCAUUGUCAGGCCAGCAAUUCAGGCCAACACGUUCGAAAUCAAACCGAGCACCAUUCAGAUGAUUCAGAACUCAGUGCAGUUUGGGGGUUCUCCAACAGAGGAUCCUAAUAUGCAUAUCCGGGACUUCAUUGAGAUCUGCGACACUUUCAAGUUCAAUGGUGUUACGGAAGAUGCCAUCAAGUUGAGGUUGUUCCCAUUCUCUUUGAGGGACAAAACUAAAGGAUGGUUGCAUUCUCUUCCUGCAGGAUCUAUUACAACAUGGGAGGAUUUGGCUCAGAAAUUUCUUACUAAGUUCUUCCCUAUGGCCAAAACAGCUGCAAUCAGGAAUGCUAUCACUCAAUUCUCUCAGCAGUCUGGUGAAACUCUUUGUGAAGCUUGGGAACGCUACAAGGAGAUACUUCGAAAGUGCCCACAUCAUGGGAUGCCCGAUUGGAUGGUGAUGAAUUGUUUCUAUAACGGUUUGGGACCUCAAUCGAGGCUGAUGCUCGAUGCAGCAUCAGGUGGAGCUCUAUGGGCUAAGAGCUAUGAUGAGGCCUAUGAGUUGAUCGAGAUGAUGGCUGCGAAUGAAUAUCAAAAUCCUACUCAGCAUCUUCAGCAGGGCAAAGCAGCAGGUAUUCUGGAUGUUGAUGCUACUAUAGCCAUAUCUGCUCAGCUUAAAGCUCUCACGAUGAAGGUGGAUUCUUUGGUAAGUUUGGGAAUUCAGCAGCCACCUGCAGUUUGUGAGCUUUGUGCGGGUACGCAUACCACUGAUCAGUGUGCCAUAUCUAGCGAGUCAGCUCAGUUUGUGAGCAAUUUUCAGAGAGCUAAACAGCCAGCUCCGGAUACGUAUCACCCGAAUAAUCGGAAUCAUCCGAAUUUCAGCUGGAGCAACAAUCAGAACUUCGUGCCACAACAGCAGCAACAGUUUCAGCAGCAAGGAAAAGAGGUGAAAGAACAGGUACAGGCAGUCUCUUUAAGGUCCGGAAAGGUUACGAAGGAUAAAGACUCAGCAACAGAGCAUGAUACGGAUGAGAGCGAACAACAGGAUGAAAAACCCGUACUCUCAUCUAAGUCUGAUGGUGGAAAAACUGUUGUUGACACUGAAAAGAAAGAAAUCAACGAGGAGGCAAGCAAGGAAUCAGUUGAGAAGUCUAGUCCGAAGUCUGAUGUUGGGGUCAAGCAAGUAUAUCCACCUCCCCCUUUUCCGAAGAGACUUCAGAAGCAUAAGCUCAACAAACAGUUUGCAAAAUUUCUAGAGGUUUUCAAGAAGUUACAAAUCAAUAUACCUUUUGCGGACGCUCUAGAACAGAUGCCGAGCUAUGCUAAGUUCAUGAAAGGUAUUCUUUCUCGGAAACUCAAACUUGAGGAAUUGGAAACCGUUGCUCUAACGGAAGAGUGUAGUGCGGCGCUACAACAGAAAUUGCCUCCGAAACUCAAAGAUCCUGGAAGUUUCACAAUACCUUGUACUAUUGGAAAAUUAUCUUUCGACAAGUGCUUGUGUGACUUGGGAGCUAGUAUCAAUCUGAUGCCAUUAUCUGUCUUCAAGAAACUUGGUCUGUCAGAGCCGAGACAUACAAACAUGUCCUUACAACUGGCUGAUCGGUCCAUCACUUACCCACGAGGUAUAAUGGAAGAUGUCUUGGUAAAGGUGGAUAAGCUCAUCUUCCAUGCUGAUUUUGUCAUUCUAGACUUUGAGGAGGAUAAGAAGAUUCCCAUUAUCUUGGGAAGGCCAUUCUUAGCUAUAGGCCAAACUUUGAUCGAUGUGCAAAAAGGAGAGCUUACAAUGAGAGUUCAAGAUCAGAGUGUCACUUUUAAGGUGUUCAAUGCAAUGAAAUUUCCAACCGACGAAGAAGAAUGCUUUAAGGUGGAGCCACUAGAAGUUGUAGCAAAUUCUGAGAUUGACCAACAGCUAAGGCCAAGUACCUUAGAGAGAGUCAUAACAGGGGAUGCUGAUUUCGAAGAUGAAGGAUUAGCAGAGCUUAAAAAUUCUCAAGAGCAUCUUAAACCAUCUAUUGAAGAAGCUCCUGAAAUCGAACUCAAACUACCACCGGCUUACUUGAGUGACGUGUUUUUUAAGAGGUCGACUCAACAUAUAGCUGUCAUGCAUGACAUUCAUCGCCGUUUUGUAGAGCAUUUGACUCAAUCUCUUGGGAGUGCUUUUCGAGCCAUUGGCGUUGAGGUUGAUUUGCCAGUGUUUGGAGAUGGCAUGGUGUAUCGACCUCCUGGUCCUCCACCCGAGGAGGGUGAUCCUCCCGACUUCUAG